AUGCAGACCCAAAUAGGCGUUGGGGAGUUGCAGAGGAGCUACAGGGUGCAGGAUUUUGCCUCCCCUGGAGUUAUCAUGAGGGAAAGAAGUUUUAUACGGCCUCAGUCUCAUCAUAAUUUGCAUCAUAACCAGUUUCCGAGUAAUGGGAAACGACGGAGCAUGAUCUUAACAAAUGCAAAAGGAAAGCCAACCCUUGAAAUCUACAGACCACCAGGCGUGCGCACAGACGUUGCUGUCACCAGCGGAGGCAAUUCAGGCAACACACUGACGGCGCCUUCCAACAAGCUGAAUGUCCACGCCAAAGAGUUCACCAUGGCCAAAACUGCUGAUCUACAUAAUAGGUCAACAGUCGGCAUGGGCUUCACGAGUGUGGGUCUCCAGCACUCGCGUUCGGCAGUGCUGCAUGCACAAGUUCCGCCGCACUACCGACCUGUGAUGCCGUCUCAUGCUCUACUGGGCAGUGCAUCCAGUGGAAAUGUUCCUCAUACUACGGCUGGCCCUCGGGUCCACUUCAAACUGCAGCCCCAGCAGAUUAUCCAGGAGAAGAAGAAGUCUCCACCGUCCUCCCUCAGCAACGGGAACGGGAAGAGUAUUCGUCCGCAAUCGUAUACGCCUGGGCUGAAGCGGUCCAAGUCUUUAACCUCAGCGGAUACUUUGGCCAGUGGUAUGGCUGCGUUGGGUCUGGCUGCUGAUGCAGGGGACCUUGGCACCUUCCCGCCAGAGAUACAAGAAUGUAUCGAUAAGGCACUGGAAGAUCCAAACGCGGUGUGUGCUCGAACCCUAAUGGAUGCCGUGGGUCAUCUUGUGAGUCGCGCAGUGGAGUCUCCGCGAUACGCCUUGCCGGCCGCAAGACGCUGCAUUGCUGUCGUUGAACGAGAACAGACUGAGACCUUCUUAGAGUCUCUGCUCAAUACGUGCCAGCAGUGGUACCAUGACCGGGAGAAGUUACUGGGAACGAUAGUUGGCGGAGGGCGUCCACGUCUCAUGGCGUUCCUGUCAUUCCUCCUCGAGAUGUAUUGUCAGUUGCGUCGUCGCGCCAUUCAUCGGCGCGGGGCGAGUGCGCAGCCCGGACAAGUCCUUUUGACACUGAUUUGCAAAUGCUGCGAGGAUUGUAUUCGCCAGCCCGUGCCUUCGCCCAGUGAUACUGAGAAUCUCUUCUUCGUGCUCACGUAUAUCGGCCGUGAUUUAGAAACCCAGCUUCCUGGUGACUUGGAGCGUCUCCUAACAGCUGUGCGCGAUGCCUUCAUCAACACAGCUGCAGCGCCCUCUAUCAGACGCACAUUACUCCAGCUUAUUGAAUUACAUGCUUCUCGCUGGCAACUCCCGGGAUGUGCCGUCCUCUAUUAUUAUCCCUCCUCGAAAUAA